CCCCUUCAUUUUAAACUCAAAAAAUACACAAAUCACUUCACAUUCUUAAAAUCACAUACCUCCCAUCUACUGCUAAUUUACCAAAGUACCCAUGUCUUCUUUACCUGUUCACCGCCAAACAGAUCGCGGCGGUGGAACUAAACCUCAAACCCCAAAUUCAAUCUCCAACAACUUUAGUUCAGCUCUCAAGAAAUCUUCUUCAGGGAAGGAAAACCCUAGGCUUGCUCUUCGGUCUCAGAAGCCAACGAUGCGUUCACUGCCACGUGUUGAGAAAUCGGCCGGAGAAAACAGAGAUUCGCGCGUUCGGAGGUCCACUUCAUCGGCCCCAAGAGGUAGGAGCCAGAGUCCAUCUGAAUUUAUUAGAGUUUUUAGUGAUGUGAAGAAAGAUAAGGUCGCUAGGGUAACUGUUGAGAAGAAGGGGUCUAGGGAUUUUAAUAUGAAAAAGACUGAAUUGGGUAGUAAUGAGAAAAGGCAUUUCAGUGAUUUUAAAGAAAAUAAUGCGAUUGGGGUUAAGAUGGAGAAAAAGUGUGAACAAGAGAUGAAUUUAAGUGGGGUUAAGGUUUUACGUAGUAGUUGUGAAAAAGACGUUUAUUUGACCUCAACCUUGGGGAAAAGAAAUGGAGUUAUUAGUGUUAAUGGAAGCAAUGAGAAGCGUCAUGAAAAGGGUUGUCCAAAAAGUGGCUCCAAAGUUGAGAUUUCUGAUACAGAUGUAAGCUUCAAACAUUAUGAUAAGAUUGAAAAGAUUGGGGCUUGUGUUGAUUUGGAUUUAAAGGAAUCUGGUCAGAAAUCUAUUAGUGAUUCCAAGGUUUUGGAGACUUCUAAAGGGAAGGGUGUCAAUGAAGAAGUUUCAAGUACUCGAGUUGGAAUCAACUAUCCUAGUAAGCUUCAUGAGAAGCUCACUUUUUUAGAAGGAAAGGUGAAGAGAAUUGCAUCAGAUAUUAAGAGGACUAAAGAAAUGUUGGAUAUGAAUAACCCAGAUGCCACAAAGGUGAUUCUUUCUGAUAUUCAGGAAAAGAUAUCGGGGAUUGAGAAGGCCAUGGAUAAUGUUGCAGGUGAUUCUGAGGGUAAAAUUGCUGGUGUGAAAUAUGUGGGAAAUGAUAAUUCAGGUAGCAACAUUGUUGAGAAGAGUAAAUGUCAAAGAAUGGAAAGUGUAAAUAGUUUGCGUGGUGAAUUGAAAAGUGAGGAAUUAGAAGCUAGGUUAUUCCCCCAUCAUAAGUUGCUCAGAAAUCGAAUCUCAUUGAAAUCAUCAUCAGGGAGCUCUGGAAGUCUUGAACCAAACACUGCUGGACCCAGUAACAAUUUAAAGGUGGAGAAGUUGUUGAGUCCUAUUGAGGACAACCCAAUAGCUUUAGAAUUUUUGGCUUCACUGAAUAAGGAUCAAUCUGCUGUUACCUUUACUGAUGGACAGGGUGGUUUGGACUUGGAGUGUUGUGAAGUUCUUGAAACAGAUGAGGCUGUGAAUUCAGGAGAGCAAGGUUUGUCGAAUGUGUUCAAUGGUAAAAGUGAUGCAGACCUCAUUCUCACGACUGAUGAGAGGUUUGAUGAGUUUGAAGAUCAGGAGAAUGUACCAGAAAAUAUAACAGGGAAGCAGACUGAAGAUAGUUGCAUUUAUCAGCUGAAUGAAAUAGGCCUAAAGACUUCAACAGGAGGAUGGUUUGUCUCAGAAGGAGAGUCGGUUCUUCUUGCUCAUGAUGAUGGCUCGUGCUCCUUCUAUGAUAUAGCUAAUUGUGAGGAUAAGGCUGUGUACAAUGCCCCAGCAGGAGUUUCACCUACGAUCUGGAGAGAUUGUUGGAUAAUUCGUGCAGCUAGUGCAGAUGGCUGCUCAGGAAGAUAUGUUGUAGCUGCAUCCGCUGGUAAUACUCUUGAUUCAGGAUUUUGUUCAUGGGAUUUUUAUACCAAAGAUGUGAGAGCUUUCCAUGUUGAAGGUGAAGGAACAACAACUUCUAGAAGAGUUCUUGCUCCUUUACCUAAUAAUAAUAUGUAUACUAGAAAUGCUUUGUCCAGUGUUUUGCUACCAGAAAGUCGGCAAUGGUGGUAUAAACCAUGUGGACCUCUGAUUGUCUCAACUGCCACCCAUCAGAAGGUUGUCAAAAUUAACGACAUCAGAGAUGGUGAGCAAAUUAUGAAAUGGGAGGUUCAAAAGCCUGUGUUAGCAAUGGAUUAUUCUAGCCCUUUGCAAUGGAGAAAUAGAGGGAAAGUGGUUAUAGCUGAAUCUGAAUCAAUAUCAUUGUGGGAUGUUAACUCUCAAAAUCCUCAAGCAUUACUAUCUGUUUCUUCUUCUGGCCGGAAAAUCUCAGCUCUUCAUGUGAACAACACUGAUGCUGAAUUAGGUGGAGGGGUUCGACAAAGAGUGAGUUCUGCAGAAGCUGAAGGAAAUGAUGGUGUUUUCUGCACUCAUGAUUUGAUUAACAUCUUGGACUUCCGUCAUCCCACUGGUGUUGGUCUUAAGAUUCCGAAAUUUGGUAUCAAUGUGCAGUCAGUUUAUUCUCGUGGGGACUCAGUCUUUCUUGGUUGCAGUAAUGUAAGGUCAACGGGAAAAAUGCAGUCCUCUUCACAGGUGCAGCAGUUCUCAUUGCGAAAACAAAAGCUAUUUACCACGUACUCACUGUCAGAAUCCAGUGCUCACUCAAGUCACUCAGCAAUUACACAAGUUUGGGGAAAUUCGAACCUGGUCAUGGGUGUUUCUGGGCUAGGGCUGUUUGUUUUUGAUGCACUGAAGGAUGAUGAAUUGCAACCCCUUACGAAUGAAUUCAACGGUAACCAAAAAGUUAGAGAAAUUAUUGGUCCAGAUGAUUUAUAUUCCCCUUCUUUUGAUUACCUAGGAUCUCGGGUUCUUCUUAUAUCAAGAGAUCGCCCAGCAUUAUGGAGGUACUUCACUUAAGGUGUGAUACAUGCUUUAAAACUGUUCUUAUGAUAUGCCUCCAGAGAAUAUAAGCAUAACUAUGCUCUUCUUUAUGUCUUGUUAUUUAUUUUAUGUUUUUGAAGACAUUAGAAGUAAAUUUAUACGAUAGAAGCAGUGCUUCCAGCUGCUUGAUUUGGAAAA